CUUUCCCCUCCGUAUCUCGGCGCAGAGGUAACAAGGAGGAACGGUGCAAGUGACGGGGCUGGAGUGGGCAGAGGCGCUCGUCCCCCUCCCCCCCGCGCGCACAGACACACACAUUGGGCCGUCCCCUUAUUGCCCUCCCGCGCGCCCUAGGGAUACUCCUUUCCAUUCUCUCACACACGUGCGCGCGCACCAAACACACGUUAAGCGAUGCCCUCGGCCACCAGCAGCGCGAUGGCGAGCAGCGGCAGCAACAGCAGCGGCGGCAAAACGGGAAACGAGGCGGCGGCGCCUCCGGCAACGGCAGCCGCGGCAACUGUAACUGCUGGGGCGGCUCCAUCCCAAGCGGCGUCGGCUCCGGGCGGCAGCACGAGUUCAGUGCAGACCGAGGCCAUGAAGCAGAUUCUGGGCGUCAUUGACAAGAAGUUGCGCAACCUGGAGAAGAAAAAGGGCAAACUUGAUGAUUAUCAGGAUCGAAUGAACAAAGGAGAACGCCUUAACCAAGACCAGUUGGAUGCUGUGUCCAAGCACCAAGAAGUCAGUAAUAACCUGGAAUUUGCUAAGGAACUGCAGAGGAGUUUCAUGGCCCUGAGCCAGGAUAUUCAAAAAACAAUAAAGAAGACAGCUCGACGGGAACAACUAAUGAGAGAAGAAGCUGAGCAAAAACGUUUAAAAACAGUACUUGAAUUGCAGUUUAUUUUGGACAAAUUGGGCGAUGAUGAAGUGCGAAAUGACCUAAAGCAAGGAACAAAUGGAGUGCCGGUAUUAACAGAGACGGAACUGUCAACACUAGAUGAAUUUUACAAGCUAGUUGAACCUGAACGGGACAUGAAUGUGAGGUUGUGUGAACAGUAUGAACAGGCAUCGAUUCAUCUGUGGGACUUACUGGAAGGGAAGGAAAAGCCUGUAUGUGGAACAACCUAUAAAGCCCUAAGAGAAAUUGUUGAACGCAUUCUUCAAACAAGUUACUUUGACAGUACUCACAACCAUCAGAACGGAAUAUGUGAAGAAGAGGAGACAGCGCCUGCACCUACAGUAGAAGAUGCUGUUGUAGAAACUGAGCCAGAACCAACGGAAGAAUACACUGAACCCAGUGAAGUUGAAUCAACAGAGUAUGUAAACAGACAGUUCAUGGCAGAGACUCAGUUCAGCAGUAGUGAGAAGGAACAGGUAGAUGAGUGGACAGUUGAAACUGUUGAGGUGGUAAAUUCGCUCCAGCAACAGCCACAGGCUACAUCUCCUCCAGUUCCAGAUGCCCAUACGCUUACUGCUGUGUCUCAAGCAGAUCCUCUUGUUAGGAGACAACGAGUACAGGACCUUAUGGCACAAAUGCAAGGCCCCUACAACUUCAUGCAGGACUCCAUGUUGGAAUUUGAGAAUCAGGCACUCGACCCUGCUAUUGUUUCAGCUCAGCCUAUGAAUCCAGCACAAAACUUGGAUAUGCCCCAGAUGGUUUGCCCUCCAGUUCAUACUGAAUCGAGGCUUGCGCAGUCCACCCAGGUUCCUGUGCAACCUGAAGCCACACAGGUCCCCUUGGUUUCUUCCACAAGUGAGGGAUAUACAGCACCCCAGCCCAUGUAUCAGCCUUCUCAUUCAACAGAACAACGGCCUCAGAAAGAAUCAAUUGACCAGAUUCAGGCUUCAAUAACCUUAAGCGCAGAUCAGACACCAACAUCAUCGCCUCUUCCAGCUGCAUCCCAGCCUCAGGUAUUUCAGGCUGCCUCUAGCAAACCUUUGCAUAGCAGCGGAAUCAAUGUUAAUGCAGCUCCAUUCCAGUCCAUGCAGACAGUAUUUAACAUGAAUGCACCUGUUCCUCCUGUCAAUGAGCCAGAAACUUUAAAGCAACAAAAUCAGUACCAGACCAGUUACAGCCAGCCUUUCUCCAAUCAGCCUCACCAAGUAGAGCAAUCAGAACUUCAGCAAGAACAGCAGCUUCAGACAGUGGUUGGCACCUACCAUGGUUCCCCGGACCAGUCCCAUCAAGUGGCAGGUAACCACCAGCAGCCUCCACAACAGAAUACUGGGUUCCCACGUAACAGUCAGCCUUAUUAUAACAGCCGAGGAGUGUCUCGUGGUGGAUCACGCGGCACUCGAGGCUUAAUGAAUGGAUACAGGGGACCAGCCAAUGGGUUUAGAGGAGGUUAUGAUGGCUACCGCCCUUCAUUUUCCAACACUCCAAAUAGUGGUUACACACAGGCACAAUUCAGUGCUCGCGACUAUUCCACCUACCAGCGGGAUGGAUAUCAACAGAAUUUCAAGCGUGGCUCUGGACAAAGUGGUCCUCGGGGAGCCCCUCGAGGUCGUGGAGGGCCCCCAAGACCCAACAGAGGGAUGCCUCAAAUGAAUGCUCAGCAAGUGAAUUAAACUAAUUCACAGGAUUACAUUUAAACGCCAAAAACACACUGGCCAGUGUACCAUACAUGUUCCGGAAGAGUUAUCUCUUGGUUCUCCUUUAUAGGAAGUUCAUAGUAAAGGGAUUAUUUUCAUUGCCCAUAAAGACAAGACUACAGUUGUCAGCUUUAUACCUGGAUAUGGAAAGAAACGACGUUUACUCUGCAUGUUCUAUCCUAAGCAUCAUCUUGAGCCUUGCACAUGAGAUCCAGAAUUUUUACCCUUGCUCUGAUUAAAAGCAAAAAUUGCAGUUUUAGGGUUAUGAAAAUCUCCAUAGUUAGCUGAACAGGCAGAAAUAACCCCACUGACUCCAUUGACAUUAUAUAGUGCUGCAGCAAAUUUGGAUAAAAAUAUCUAAAACCCUAAAUGUUUUACUCAGAAAAUUGGUGUAUUUAAACUUUUACAUGAAAGGAAGAUGGAAGAAGCGAAUUGUGGUUUGACAGAGCAACUGCAUUUCAGCUUUUUCUGUUUGACUGAAGCACUGAACAUCUGUGAUGCAUAAUAAAUGAUGCCUAUAUCCCAGCUAAUAAGCUGAUGGACAGCUUAGGGCACACCCUUAGUUACAGCAUUUUUUUUUAUUAGGCCUGACUUGCUGUGGCAAAGGGAUGCAUUAAUUGUUUUGUGUAGCUGUUGAUAUGAUUGUGUAAACCCAGAAUUAGGCUUUGAUUGGCACUUUAAAUUUUUCUGUAAGAAAUAGAAGAUGUAAUCUGAAUGGCCACAUUUGUUUGCAAUGUGAAGUGUUAAAGAGUUCUCUCCUGAACACAUUUCUGGGAUAGCAAUGACAUUUGUAAGGAUUGGUAUUCUUAUCUUUCCUUAUUUCCCCCCUUUGUCUGCCACUGAUACUUGAUCUUGCUGUAUUAUUGCCCAAAUAACUGAUGCUGGUACUGAUGGGAAUUAAUGGAUAUUCAUAAUACUUUUGGUUACAUUAUUUCUAUUUUGCAGCCUGAAGGUUUUAAGAAAUCUCAAAUCCCUGCUGCUGCCCUUUUAAAUUGCUCUCUUUUGAAAAGCACCAGUAUGUGUUUGGAUCGGUUUCCCCUUUAAGGGAAAUUACAGCCAGCAGUUACACAUUUAAGCAAGAUAAAUAAAACAUGUUUAUAAAAAAUGUAUUCUUUAACGUAUCUUAAGUGACUACUGCAAAUGUAAUAGGGAAACAGAAACUUCAGAAGCACAUUCCCAGAACUUUAAAUGUUAACAUUCAAAGAUAUUCAAAAAGUUAGUAGGUGUAUUAUCUUCUGUGGAGUCUUGAAACUUAUCUUCUGAGGAGAUGCAGUGUCAUCUCUCUCUCUCCCUCUCUCCACCCCCCCCCCAUAUUGAAGACUGUUGAAGCUGAUCAUAAAAGCCAUCUCAUGAGCUGUACAUAAAAGUUUGAGCAGGUAGUGAGAAUUGUAUUCAUGGCACCUGUUGAAUGUAGCAGUCCAGCCCAUGGAACCCACUGAACAAGAGUUUCUGAAUUAUUUGGGAAUAUAUUUACAGAAGGCUGAUUCUGUGUGCACAGUGCCCUUUUUGUAUUGGUGCUGAUCCCCUUUUAAGAUGGUUUUCGUUUCAUGGAUAUAGUUAAUUGAACUGAAAAAAAGAAUAGAUUUUUAAAAUCUGAUUGGCAAGUAGUGGUUUCUUCUUAAAUUACUUGGCAUCUGUGCCCAGUUCCAUUUAUCUAGAAAGGAGAAAGACUUCAGCUAUCACCAUGGGAAUUACCUACUUUCUUCUUUGAGGUUGCCCUAGGUUGUAAUUACUAAGUACUUACAAAUAGCAUUUUUGCAUUUCUAAAAAGUGACCCCCAUCCAUAUUUUAUACAGCUAAGCAAGUCUACUAACAGGUUGGUACAGUAUCUGAAGCCAAAGGUUGAUUUAGGAACUAAAUAGGCAGAAAUUUGUGGUGUGAUUAUACACACAACCACACACCCAAUUUUUGUCUAGAAAAGCUGUGCAAGUAUGAAUUAUGCAAAUAGCAUGGUUUGUGGUUAUUUUACACAAUUUUUUUGCAAGCUUUGGCUGUAAGGAGCCAUGCAGCACAAUCAAGCCAUAUAUUCUGAAUACUUUGGAAAUACUGCUAACCUCCCUCUUUGGCUUCUGAGAUUUUACCCAACUAUUUUUGAACUUUCAGGGCCAAUAUUGUAGCUAUAAAGGCCAGAAUCCCUUGUUGUAUUUAAAAACAAAACACA